AUGCUUCAAUCUGUCGGCACGAAUCAUCAUGAAAAUAAGAAAAUUGAAAAAAAAGGUAUUGAUGAACGUCUAACUCAUCUUGAAGAAGAUGUUCGAGAUUUGGAUAAAUCCCUUAAAGACGAACAUAAAAAGCCAGAAGUACGGCCAAUUCCACCUCCACCACCGCCUGUCGUCGUACCGAAUUUGGAAAUUCCCGAGAAUAAACCGAUAGAAAAAACAAGUUCAGCAGAAAAACCAUUAAAUACAAAUAAUCGAUGUACAUGGCGAAAUUCUUCUCCAGUGAAUACUACAUUUGAAAUUCGUCAAUUGUACGAGACUUUACCAUUCGAUGAUAUAAAAGCUGGUGUAUGGACACAAGGUUUUGAUAUCAAAUAUGAAACAUCUCAAUGGACAUCGAAUAAUAAAUUAAAAAUAGUUCUCAUGCCGCAUUCUCAUUGUGAUCCAGGUUGGAUUCAUACAUUUGAAGAAUAUUUUACUCAGGCAACAAAACAUAUCAUUAAUACCGUGAUAGCAAUACUCGAUACAAAUAGCAAAUAUAAAUUUGUCUGGGCUGAAAUGUCUUUUUUAAGUUUAUGGUGGGACCAAGCAUCGCCAGACCAACGAACAUUAUUAAAAAAACUUCUUAAUAAUAAGCAGCUUGAAAUAGUUACUGGUGGUUGGGUAAUGAAUGAUGAAGCUAAUACACAUUAUUUUGCUAUGUUAGAUCAAUUAAUUGAAGGGCAUCAAUUUAUUGAAAAUAAUUUAGGAAAUAUUUCUCUGCAAAGUGGUUGGGCUAAUGAUCCAUUUGGUUAUUCACCAACAAUGACUUACUUACUUCAUGGUAUCGGCAUGCAACAUAUGGCUAUACAACGAGUUCAUUAUCAUAUUAAAAAAUCGUUAGCAAAGGAAAAAAAAUUAGAAUUUAUGUGGCAACAAACUUGGGAUCGAACGAAUUCUACUGGGAUUUUUACGCAUGUUCUUCCUUUCUAUUCCUAUGACAUUCCGCAUACAUGUGGACCUGAUCCAAAAGUUUGUUGUCAAUUUGAUUUUAAACGACUAGCUGGCACCGAAGUUAGUUGUCCAUGGGGAAUCAAUCCUUUGCAAAUUACCAAUGACAAUGUUCGAGAACGAGCUGAAACAUUACUCGAUCAAUAUCGAAAAAAAUCUCAAUUGUAUCAAACCAAUGUAUUAUUUGUUCAGUUGGGCGAUGAUUUUCGUUAUGGCUCAAUGGAUGAAGCAAGAAAGCAAUUUGAGAACUAUGAUAGAUUAUUUAAUUUUAUGAAUCAACAACCGGAUUGGCAUGUUGAUGCUCAAUUUGGCACAUUAAGUGAUUAUUUUGAAAAACUUCUACAUGAAAAACCUCAAACACAAUUUCCAAGUUACAUGGGAGAUUUCUUUACAUAUGCAGAUCGAGCUGAUCAUUAUUGGAGUGGUUAUUAUACUUCAAGGGCAUUUUUUAAAAGAAUGGAUCGAGUUGUUGAAUCAUAUUUGAGAGCCAGUGAAAUUUUAUUCUCUAUGGCCAAUGCGAAAAUGCUUGAACAAAAAACGACUAGUAAAUUUCCGAAGGAUAAUCUUUUUACCGUGUUAGUUAAAGCACGACGAAAUCUCGGAGUUUUUCAACAUCACGAUGGUAUUGCUGGUACAGCGAAAGAUCAUGUUGUUAAUGAUUAUGGUUUAAAACUUGAAAUAGCUAUAAAAUCAGCACAAAACGUGAUGGAACAUUCUGCUGCUUAUCUUCUGUAUCAAAAUGAUUACUCAGCAGAUAAUGAUUCAUUAUUAUCAAAUAUGCAAUUACAAUCAUUUGAAUCAUUGCCAAGAAGAAAAUUAAUUACAUUGGAUAGUCAAGCACAAGCGAUAAAAGUUGUUUAUCUUUAUAAUCCAACUGAUCAACGACGUAUUCAAAUUGUUAAAAUACUUCUUAGUACAUAUCAAGUUUUUGUUACCAGUAAUAAUCAACCAAUAGAUUCUUGUCAAAUCGAUCCUAAAUGGACAGGAAAAAAAUCGAAUAUGAUGGCAAAAAAUAAAUUCGAACUUCUUUUUCUGGCUAAUAUCGAGGCAUAUUCGUUAAAAGAAUAUACUAUUCAUCUCAGUACAACUCAAAAAUCAUGCCCAUUGACUACUAUUGAAUAUAUGAAUGAAAAAGAUAAACCUAUUGAAUCAUCUGGGCCAUUCAAAGUAGAAAUAACAGACAAGAAAUUAAUCAAAUUAAGUAAUCGUUUUCUUUCGGCGAGCUUUUCAAAAGCCGGUGGUUUACGUAGUGUUCAACAUUUACAACACGAUGAAAACGUUUCUGUGAGAUUAAAUCCUAUUCGUUAUGGUACAUCAAUGAACACCGAUCACAAUAGUGGUGGAUAUUUAUUCUUGCCCAAUGGAGAAGCUGAAGAUAUUCCCAUGGGUGAUCAUGAUCUUGUACGUAUUCAACGAGGUCCAUUGGUUAGUCGCGUGGAAAUUCUACAUGAAAUGUAUGGUUUACAAUAUAAAUUAACGAAUACAAACGGUUCAGAUGAUUAUAUUAUUGAACUUGGUGCAACAACUCAUUUAAAUAUGAAUAAAGAUAUAGAAUUAGCGUUGAGAUUUACAACUGGAAUAAAAAAUGGAGAUGAAUUUUUCACAGAUCUCAAUGGAUUUCAGACAAUACGACGCAAAACUUACAGUAAAAUACCAUUGCAAGGUAAUGUUUAUCCAAUGCCAACCAUGGCUUAUAUUGAAGACGAUCAUGUGAGAUUUUCAAUUCUUUCUGGUCAACCGUCAGGUGUUGCAAGUUUAAAAUCCGGUGUUGUCGAUAUUUUUCUCGACAGACGUUUACUUCGUGAUGAUAAUCGUGGCAUGGGACAAGGUGUUACAGACAAUCGAGAAAUUGUCAGUACCUUUAAACUUCUAUUUGAGCCGCGCAGUACAAUUGCCGAUCGAUCAUCAUUAACUGGUUAUCCUACAUUAUUAGCUCAUCAACAUUCAAUUGAGCUUCUGUAUCCUAUGCAUCUGCUAGAAUCUACAUCAACCAAAAUCCCUCAACAUGAAUUAAAUCUAUUUUCAAAAAUUAAUUUAUUUCCUGGUGAUUACCAUUUAGUUAAUUUACGGACAUUAAAUGAAAAUCGUGAUGAUGCAAAAUUUAGUGCUUCAAAAAAUUUAGCAUUAAUUUUACGAAGAUUUGCCUAUGAUUGUGAUGAAGCCUACGACAAUUCAUUCCAUUUUGAACAACCGAUUCUCGAACAUUUCUUUCCAGCCAAUCAGAUUGAAUCCAUUCAGCAAACAUCAUUAUCAUUAAGACAUGUACAAAAUCAAUUAGCGAUUACCACAAAACUUGAUGUACCGUUGGCAGAAUUAAUGACAUAUAAAAUAAAAAUGAAAUAA